AUGGGCGGAGGUCCUCCAGGGGCGCUGAGUUCCCUGGGGGGGUUCGGCACCGGUCCCUUCGAUGCUCUCGAGGGAUCGCGCCUCAUGAGCCGCCUGGUGGAGGAGCAGGCGGUGCGAAGGGCGGCGGCGGCGGCCAGGGACGCGAAGGAGGCGCAGGAGAAGGAGUACUGCGGCGUGACCGAUCCUACGGCCACGCCCCUCGCCAGGCACUUCCUCAGCCGCCGCGACGCCGUCUGCAACGAUAACUCGCCGGCGGGGUUCUACUUCCGGCGGUCCGAGAAGAGCCGGCGCUGGGUCGUGUUCCUCGAAGGUGGCUGGUACUGCUUCGACCGCGCCAGCUGCGAGCACAGAUGGCACCGGCUGCGACCUCUCAUGACCUCUCAGGGAUGGCCGGAAACGCGGCAGGUCGGGGGCAUUCUCUCCCCCGACCCCGAGGAAAACCCCCACUGGUGGACAGCCAAUCACGUCUUCGUGCCUUACUGCUCAUCCGACUCGUGGGCGGGCACGAGGCGGGCGGGCGACGGCGCCGGCGAAUUCUCGUUCAUGGGCAGCGUGAUCGUCGAGAAGGUGGUGGAUCAGCUGCUCGCGCUCAACCUCACGCACGGCCAUAAGCUCAUCUUGGCGGGGAGCAGCGCGGGCGGUGUGGGCGCGCUGGUGAACGUGGACCGCGUGGCGGCGCAGCUGGCGCGGCAGGGCAUCCGGGCGGAGGUGCGCGCCGUGGCCGACUCGGGCUGGUUCCUGGACAACGAGCCCUUUGCGCCCCUCAAGUGCGUCGACGCCCACAGCUGCCCGCCCGUCGAGGCCAUCCGCCGCGGCCAGGAGCUGUGGCGCGGCCGCAUCCCCGACGCGUGCGCCGAGCAGUACCCGGGCCGCCCGUGGUACUGCUACUUCGGGUACCGCCUCUACGAGACCAUGAAGGCCCCCCUGUUCAUCUUCCAAUGGGUGUUCGACGAGGCGCAGAUGACAGCCGAUAACGUGGGAAAACCCAUAUCGAAGGAACAGUGGGAUUACAUACACAGCAUUGGCGAGAGACUCAGGAAAACGUUCGAGAAUGUGACAGCCCUGUUCGCGCCGUCCUGCAUCUCGCACACCGUCCUCACCAAGCGCGACUGGUCCAGCGUCAAGAUCGGAGAGGUGUCGCUCCCGCAGGCCCUUUACUGCUGGGACAUCACUCCCGCCGCGGCCCUCCACGCCAAGUCCUCCUCGGGGCGUCACCACGUCCGAGUGCAGCUGGAGGAGCACCAUCACGACCCGGCGCACCACUUCGGCCACGACCGCCACGGCAGCCAUCACGACCCUUCGUCCGGCGAGAGGGAGAGGGACGGCAGGAGGAAGAGCAUCCGCAGGAGGAACAACAGCGAGCGGGACAGGGAAGACGGUAGGAGGCGCAGGGGGAGGGGGAAGAAGUCGCGGAGGAAAACCCAGGAGGAGAGCGGACAAGGCGAGGAGGACCUGGCGGGCGCGCGAGCCGGCGAGGAGCAGGACAGCCACGGCUCGAGCAAGAAGUCCCACAGGAAGACGAGCCGCAGGCAGUCCCAGGGGGCGGGGAGGCCGGACGUCCUCAACAGGGAGAUGCUGGCGGACUCACCCAGGGGCAGCUCCAAGGGCAAGCACGCGGCUCCCCCGUACCCCGUGGAGUCCAACGCCAUCGACACGCCGCAGGAAAGCACGAAACUCAAGCAACAGCAAGAAGAGGCCGAGAAGAGGGGAGACGACAAGAAGGAACUCACCAGGAGGGAAAGAAGGAGGAGACGACGGAAGAAGAAAAACCGGAACAAGGGCAGGAAGAAGAGAAAAAGGAAUAAAAAGAGGGGGAAGAAGAGGAACAGGAGACAGAGAAACAAGGACAAAACAAGGAAGAAGAAGAGAAAAUCCAAAGUUUCAUCUGAAGCAGAGACGGUGCUAGGAGACGCGGUUAGACAGGCUCGUUCCAUUGCUCUCCUCCAUUCCAAACAAACCUCCCUUCACCACUCUCCACCUUCCUCCACCACAGAAUCUCCAACACCACCAUCACACCACCGCACGAUGUCGCCGCUCUCACUAACAAUUGACAAUCCGUCUUCAUCUUCAUCAUCUUCUUCACCUUCAUCCUCUUCAUCUUCAUCAUCCACCACCUUCUCUGACUCACCGCCAUCCCCCGCGACUCACACAGCUCCGAGUCGCGAGUCGAGUGAGGAUUUGCACGAGGAAAUGUGCCCUGCUAACACGUUGCACUUGACCGACCGCUGCGCUUGGCCCCAGUGCAACUACGCAUGCCCGAUCCUCCUCAACCCGUUCACAGGCGAAGAAAUGAACUUCAUUGAACUUCUCAAGAGCUUCGGCCUGGACAUGGCCAGUGUUGCCAAUGCUCUGGGAAUCGACAUCCACACUUUGAACUCAAUGGCCAAUGAUGAACUUUUGCACAUUCUUACGCAGUGAUUUUUUUAAAGGAAGAGAGACGUACACAUACCACUUAGUAGCUUUAUUGUGUGUGUAUUUAUUAUCACACUGUGAAGAAAUACAUGGAGGAAGAUAUACACAUAUCCCGUGCGAGUGUGUGUAUAUAUGUGUGUACUUUCCCUCCUUACAAUGGACAGGUUAAUGUGUUGUGAAGUUCAUAAUUAAUGUGCUGGAUGGUCUUCUGUGAGUAACGUACAACGGAGUUAUACUAGUCCUGUAGAAAAAAAAGAAAUAAUAAUGAGUAGGAAGGCAAAGAAAGAAAUCGAGAGAGGAAACGGGGAGAAGAAAUGUAGUCUUUUAAAAGAUUUUGUUGUUGUUUGUUUUUAUCUCACUGGAUUACAUAACCUCUCCUGUAGUUGGAGAUAUUUAAAGGUUUACAAGCUUGAAAAGGGUAUAUUCUGUAUGCCGAAUCAGUGUCGUAAAAAAAUAUCUGAAGUGAAUGUAACCAUGGGUGGGUAGAGGAAGUAGUUUGUGAAAGCUUACUCGAGACUGAAGCAUUUUUCUGUUCCAAAGUGUGUUGAAUUAAGUAUAGUGUGUAGUUUAUGAUGCAUUUAGAUGAGAAUUAUUUUUUAGGCCUAAUCCACUGGUGCAUUUCAUAUAAAGAUCAUACAAUUUAAAUCUGUUUUGUCCCUUUGUGCCAAGGACAAUAUUAUUAUAUUAGUGUUUUUCUUCUUCUUCUUCUAAGUUAACGGAUGAGCUUUAUAUUUAUAUAUAUAUAACUGUAGAGAUUUUCUUUUUAAAUUGUGAUAUGCUUAACGCUUUUGCACAUAGUACAUUCUCCAUCAUUUACACCCAAUAGCAUAGCUUGUACAUACCCAUCGAGACACAGAAUGGAAUGUGUAUGGAUGAAAGGGUUAAGACAUAUCAACAGACAACCAUAGCUAAGUACAAGUAGUGUGAUGGAGCUUCUGUUCUUCACGAUUUUUUUAAACAAUCAAAACUUCGACAACAGGGAAUAAGGGAGGGGGAGUAGGAGGGAGGGGGCUGUGGGAAUAAUGAAACAAGUUAAUGGAUAAUGUAUGUUUUGUCCUUUUGUUGUUGUUGUCGGGAGGGGAGGGUAAACAAAGACUCGUUUUUGAUGGAGGUUUUUGUGUCAGGAAGUUUGUGUUACUUCCUUGCAGUGUCACAGUGACUGCAGUCGAAUGGCAGAGAGCAGUGAAGUGUAUCUCAUGACUUCUGAUGUGGCAGUGUCUACGGUCAUUAACUAAAUAAUAACCACGAGGUUUAUUUAGGUUAUCCUAGAUCCGUUAGGGGUUAUAGAAACAUUAAAGAUAUAAGUGCUUUAUAGAGGUUAUCUAUGUGUGUGUAUAGAUAUUAGAUACACCAGCUGGUAACCUGUUGAGUGUUCGAUGGUAUCUUUGCAUCAUCUGUUAGUACCAUCAGUUAUCUGGUAUCACGGUUGAAUUAGGGAUAGUUCCAGUUAAAAAAAGAAAACAAUUGUUCUGUGUCUUUUAUAAUGUUAUUGUAAUGACUCUGCUAAGUUGAAAAACACAAGCAUUCCAUUGUCAUCUCUACUUCGGGGAAAUGAGGAUUGUUUAUUGUGGUAUAUAUUUUAUGAUUGUGUAAAUACUAGUAAAUAUUGUACAUUUUAUUUAGUAGUAGAAAGUAGAAUAUGCAGAGUAUGUGUUAGACCAUUUUUUCCGGAUGUACAUAAGUGUUUGGUUUGUAAAAUCCAAAAUGUACAUGGUUAUCUACAUAAUAUAUCCUCAUGGACAUACCUCAGUAUUUAAAAGGAAAUUACACUGUUUGUGGACAUGUCAUAUGACCGACUUAAACUUGAGACAGAACACCAAUGGAGGUAAUAAUGAAAUACACUACACAUGUGUAUUUUCUUCUUUACCUUCGUGUGUUUUAGUGUUACAUUCUCAGUCUUAGAGUACUUACUGAUUUGGAAAACUCAGGUAGCUAUUCAGAAAUCAUAAUUUAACUCAAGGGUAAUCAUUUCUUUGUUGUCAUUAACUACCUUAUCAGGGAAAAAAGCUAUAGAGUUACCUCACGUAGAUUUGCUGAUCAGGUGUGUGUAUAAAGAGAAUUAUGCGCGGAUAAGAAGAGUUCAAACCUCUUGUGUAUCUCAAGCAUUUCAUUUGAGAGUAAUGACUUAUAGAUUAUAAUUCAGGCUUUCAAAAACUGAAAUCGUAUGUGUGUGUGUGUAUAUACUCUGCAACAUUACCUCAUAUGUUAACUCGCCUUUUUUUUCUUUUCUUUUUUUCCAGACAGAAAAUAAAGGACUUUUUCGGUUUGUAGCUGAUGUUCACAUUAUAUUAUUGUUUUUUUUUCCAUUAGUUAUUUUGUAUAUUAAUGUGUUGCAUCCAGAUGUACUUGAAGUCAAGUGGAACUUCUGAGAUUUUGUUGUAUUUUGAUAUAGAAAUAUUCUUUGAUAUUUAGAUGUAUUUCUGAGGUACAGAUUUUUCGUUUUCUUUUACUGGGAAAGUAAUAUGAGAACUACAUAUAUAUAUAUCUAAUAGUACAUAAACAAUUGCUUGUCUGCUUAGAUUUUACUUCCAAAAAUAAUCUGCAUUUAUUCUGAUGAUCACAUUUCCGAAAAUCUGUGUCUGAAGAGGUUGUUUGAGGAAUCGAAUAUUCACGUUUUGUCUAUAAGUUUUAAAUCACUUUCAAAGUACUUAGGAGUGUCAUUCCAAAACUGUGCUCAGUUUUUAUUUUUAGAAAAAUAAUAUAUUGGUGUGUUUUUUUAUGUGUAGACCAUUUCAUAGCUUCAUAUAAUUUUAUAGUAUUUUUUUGUGUUUUUUUGUAAAGUUAGUUUUGCUCGAAAUGUGUUUCAGUGAAUUCGACUUGUAUUGUGAGUAUUUUUUU